AUGCACAAAGGUCCGUGGCGCCGAGGCCUAACCGCGCCGCCUGUCGUUGCAGGAGUGAAGCCGCGGGACCCGAGCUUCCUCUCCGAGAUCCAGAACCAGACGGUCUCCGAAGGCAGGACGGUCAAGUUCGCCUGCCGCGUCGACAACUUGGGCAUACACAAGGUGGCGUGGAUUCACUACGAGAACUCGGCCAUCCUAACGGUGUCUAACCACGUGAUCACCCGCAACGAGCGCAUUACCGUCAGCCACGACAAGCACCAGAAGACGUGGUACCUCCACAUCUCCGACGUCCGCGAGACCGACACCGGGAAGUACAUGUGCCAGAUCAACACGGCCUCAGCCAUGACCAUCGCCGGCUACCUCACCGUCGUCGUGCCGCCAGACAUCGUGGACAACGAGAGCACCGGCGACGUGAUCGCACAGGAAGGCAACGACAUCAAGCUGCGGUGUCGCGCGCGCGGCUCUCCGCGGCCCACCGUCAUCUGGAAGCGCGAGGACGGAGAGUCCAUCACCGUCAACAAGUCCACGACAGUGACAGAGUACCAGGGCGAAGUGCUGCGGCUGAGCAAGGUGAGCAGGAUGGACAUGGGCGCCUACCUGUGCAUAGCGUCCAACGGCCACCCCCCCACCGUCAGCAAACGUAUCCUCGUCAGUGUUGACUUCCCCCCGAUGCUGUGGAUCCCGCACCAGCUGAUCGGGGCGGCGCAGGGGCAGACGGUGGUCCUCGAGUGCUUCACGGAGGCGCACCCGACCUCGCUCAAUUACUGGACCCGCGGAGACGGCAACAUGAUUUACGACUCGGAAAAGUACCACAUCGAGAACCGCGAAGGGAACCCUGAGUACAAGAUCCACAUGCUCCUGACGGUGCGGUACCUCGAGCCGCAGGACUUCGGGACGUACCGCUGCGUGGCCAAGAACCCUCGCGGCGAGACGGACGGCACCAUCAAGAUAUACGAUUCGGGCCCCCCACCCACCACGGCGCUCCCCCUCACGACGGAAGCGGAAAUGUUCGAGAAGAUCAACAAUCAAGUCUGGGACAAGUCAGAGAAUCGAACCCACAAGCGGCCUAACCCCCAAGCAGUGAGUGGAAAAGAUGGAGAAGAGGAAGAGGUCUACGCGACCAACGAGGAGCGCAGUUUGAACCUUCCGGCCGUGGACGAAAGCUCAGCAGCCUCGAGACUCUUGUGCAGCCUACAUCUUUUCCUGCUGCUCGUAGCGGCCUUGCUUCGGGAUCGCCUCUUCUGAAGCACCUGAAGCCCGAAGCAAACCACUGCGCUUGUGUGAAUCAGAUGUACGCUUCUCCAGCAGUGGCCGGUGUCACUUGUCUGAGUCCUUUUGUGAUGUUUUUGGCCACGCCCUCAGCUUCCUAUGUCAAAAAAGAAUAAUUGAAGAAGUCCUGGGGAAUCGUGGUUUUAUAGAUAAGUAGAUUUUAUGGAGUUUCCGUUAGGAUCAUGGACGACCAAGAUUUCUUCCAAAGCUCUAUAGAGGGAUGUAAAUGAGAAGAUCGGUCGCUCAUCAAAAGGCUUUUAUUGUCUAAGACGUUAGACGAUGCAGACAGACAUUCCAUGCUGUUUCAAGCACCGAGGGUGGACUCGCCUAUUGCUCACACUGAGAAAAGAAUCUACAAUGUGUCUUUACUUGCAUGACUUGACCAAAUGUCACGGAAAAGGGGACAGUGACGAUUUCUGUUAAACUUUAAGUAUUUUGAAUAACGAUAGUCUUGGUUCCUUCUGAGAUAAUUUUUGUUAAACUGGUAUAUUUUAAGAAGGUGAAAGAGUAAAUGACAAUGAUGUUUUUAACCUAGAUUUCUUAUAUGCUGUCUUCUGGAUAUGUAAAUAACAUUUUGUAAUUUGUACACAGUUGGCUAUUAAUAGUGAUUUUCUUUUGAAAUAACAUUGAAUGAAAGAUAUCAAUUCCCAUGGAAAUCAAUGUACAUAAACACAUAUGCAUAUAAGAGUAAAUCAAUAAAUUUGAAUGUAGUCGUUUAGCCUAGUUUUACACUGCAUAUUUUAUUUGUAUUACUGUCACAACUCUGACAACCUGUUUACUAAAUUUUGUGUUGAGAGAGAGAGAGAGAGAGAGAGAGAGAGAGAGAGAGAGAGAGAGAGAGAGAGAGAGAGAGAGAGAGUGGGAGAGAGAGAGAAAGAGCGAGAGAGAGAGAGAAAGAGAGGGAGAGAGUUUUCCUAACAUUAAAAAAGGGUCGAUCAUCCCCCUGACAGAUAACCCCCGUAGAAAUCGCCAUGUACGCAUGAAAAAAAAAAAAAAAA